AUGCAUAGGCAGCCAUCAAUACUUGAUAGUAUGAGACUCAGAAGCUCAGAAAAAAAUAAAAAAGUUCCGCUUCGUUUGUGUAGUGAAUGGCGCUUUGACUCAUCAACAUUAAUUUAUGGUACUUUAACAGUUGCUGUGAGUAAAAAUAUUCUCACACGAUCAAGAAGUAAUUUUAAAGAAAGAUUUAUAGUUAUUAAUAAUAAUAAUCAAUUAUUAAUAUAUACAAAUAUGGAAGAAGGUUAUGUUGUAAAUAUUAAAUAUAUAAAACAAAUAAAAGAAAAAUUUCACAAAGAUUUAGAUUUAUCUCAAAGAGUUUCUAAAUGGUAUACUGAAUUCAUAAUUAUUUCUAGUAAUCCAAUAUCUCCUGAAUAUGUUUCAAUAAAAAUUAAUGAAAGUGAAAAUAUUGAUGAAUGGAGGAAAAUUCUUAAAAAAACAUCUAACAAUGAUGUUUAUUUAAAUGUUAAUAUUGCCAAUAUGUCUUUGCCACCAAUGUGUACAAAUAAAACAAAAUCAUCAAAAAAAUCAUUAUCCCGUUUACAUCUCUAUCAAACAUACGCUUUUGAUAGAAAAAAUUCUACCAGUUCAUUAAGGAAUAGUGUUACAGAAAUUUUUAGAAAAUCAUUAAUAUUUCAGAAGAAGUCUUGUUCAUCUAGUGAUAAUUUAUUUACUUCAUCAUUCUACAAUAUGUCAGCAACAAAAUCAUUAAAUUUUUCAGAUGAUGUUUUUGAAGAAACAUAUAAUCGACCAUUAAUUGAAACUGGAGAAAAAGAAUCUGAAAAAUUUGCAAUAUCAUAUGAUAAAGUAUCUAAAGAUUCUGGAGUUUCAAUUAAUAAUUCUACAGAAAAUCUUACAGGUGAAAAUCAAUCUAAAAAUGAGAUGUAUGAUGGAAUAUUUCAUUAUGAAUUACUAUCUCCAAAUGUAGCAAAAAAAUUAGCAUCACUAAAAUCAAAUAAUCUUCCUCUUUUUACAGUUGAAAUGGGAUUAUCAAUGUUAAAUAUUAAAACAAACAAAAAUUAA